AUGGCAGCGGCAAAAGCACGGGCUAGAGCUGAAGCUGAGUGUACACGGGCAUAUUAUGUCAAGAAAGAAACUGAAUUGAAAAUUGAGAAAGUUCGUAUGGAAGGCAGUCUUACCGCUUUAGAACAUGAAAAGGAGGCUGCUGCCGCUAUGGCUGAGGUGAGAAUAUUAGAAGAGGCUAUAGAGAGCAUGGAGGGAGGCAGUUGUCAUUCAGGCAGCCAAAUAGUACCUCCCAUAGAUCCUGCGCAGCGCACCAGUGAUUAUGUGGAGCAUCACUCAAGCCACUCUAAUGUAGCUUCUAACGCGGAAGCAAGUUUAGCUACCCCACAUGUUGAAUUUGUAAACCGUUAUGAGAAAGAAAACAGGCCGUUAACGGAAAGCUCUCCAGGGCAUGCUCCACCUGACUGUGAUAAAAUAGUCAGUGAUUCUGUCUCGAUGCCUAACACUGUCAAGAUUGAAAAAUCUCAGUCUGCCACAUACAGCCCAAUUAAUUACUGGCCCCUUGCACAGACUUACAAUGCCAGUACUCCCGUUCACUCACCUUUUCGAGAAGAAGCUGAAUUGAGUGAUUUGGCAAGGUUUCUUGCCCGUCGUGAACUCAUUAAUGCAGGACUCACAAAAUUCGACGACCACCCAGAGAACUACUGGGCUUGGAAGUCGUCCUUUUUAAGUGCUAUCAGCAGGCUCAAACUUACUUCCAGCGAACAGCUGGAUCUAAUGAUUAAGUGGCUGGGUAGUAAAUCAGCAGAAUACGUGAGACGCAUCAGGUCCGUGAAUAUAAGGUAUCCUGAUGUCGGGCUUAAGAUGGCUUGGGACCGUCUAGAAGAGAUGUAUGGAUCCCCAGAGGCGGUGGAGAAAGCACUUUUUGACAAGAUAGAAAAAUUCCCAAAAAUCAGUAAACAAGAUCCUCUGAAAUUACAAGAGCUCGGAGAUCUGCUAUGCGAGAUUCAGUCAGCUAAAGCUGAAGGGUAUCUAUUAGGCCUUUCUUACCUGGACACUUCCAGAGGAGUCAGUCCUAUUGUGGAGAAGCUGCCUUACCACCUGCAAGAAAAAUGGAUAUAUCAAGGUUCUGAGUACAAAAGAAAGUACAACGUUACUUUUCCACCAUUCUCAUUUCUUACUGACUUUGUCUGCCAGGAAGCACGUGCUCGAAAUGACCCAAGCUUUAGUAUCGGUACAUUCAACCCAAACCAGAGUAAAGCAGAAUCUUUGGUUAAAGGGCAAAUGCAAAGAAGGAUUGCUGUGUCUACCCAUAAGACAGGUGUGGCAUCUUCAGCUGGAUUUUUUCCUACAAGAAGUUGGGGAAAUGAACCUAUUGAUGUGGAAAAGCAUUGUCCUAUACACAAAAACAAACCUCAUCCUCUGAGACGUUGCCGUGGGUUCAGAGCGAAGACCCUAGAAGAGAGGCAAACAUUGCUUAGAGAAAACGGUGUGUGCUAUAGGUGCUGUGCUUCCAUCCUUCACUUGACGAAGAACUGCAAAGCAGUAAUUAAAUGCAAUGAAUGUGAGAGUGACAGGCAUGUGUCCGCACUUCAUCCUGGUCCUCCUCCAUGGGCCACUAAAGACCCCUUAUCAGAUCAUGGCGGGGAGGAGGAUAAAGGCGCUUCUGUAGAUGUCACUUCACAAUGCACAGAGAUUUGUGGGGGCAGUUCAAUACCCAAAUCAUGUUCUAAAAUAUGUCUGAUAAAAGUACAUCCCGAGGGCUCUCCGGAGACUACAGUAAAGAUGUAUGCGGUGCUCGACGAGCAAAGUAACAGAUCUCUCGCAAGGUCAGAGUUUUUCGACAUAUUUAAAGUAAAAGGAACAGAGCAUCCAUACACUCUUCGAACCUGUGCUGGAGUGACGGAAACUUCUGGAAGAAGAGCCACUGGGUUCCAAGCCGUAUCUAUGGAUGGAAAGGUACGCGUGUCACUCCCAACACUUAUCGAGUGUAAUAACAUGCCUGAUGACCAUUCUGAGAUUCCAUCUCCCGCCUUUGCACGUCGGUUUCCCCAUCUGAAGUCGAUAGCACAUGAAAUACCUGAGAUUGAUCCAGGUGCGCAAAUAUUGCUACUCUUAGGGAGAGACAUUAUUCAAGUCCAUAAAGCAAGAAAACAGCUCAACGGUCCGAACCAGGCACCAUUCGCCCAAAAACUUGAUUUCGGUUGGGUGAUAGUUGGAAAUGUUUGCUUGGGGUCAGCACACAGACCUAGCAAAGUUGAUGUGUUCCGCACAAACAUACUUAACAAUGGACGCCCAAGCCUUUGUGAGCCAUGUCCUAAUCAAAUACAAGUGAAAGAGAAGCUAAGUAUCAAAGAUCAUGCCGUCUCUUCUCAAGGUUGUCACCUUUAUUCGAUCACUCAGUCCUUGCUGGGAAAGGACAUUUUCAAACUGACACAAGAGGAUGAAAAGAUAGCCCCUUCAAUUGAAGAUCUAGCAUUCAUGGAACUGAUGGACAAGGAAAUGUUCAUGGAUAGCUCUAACAGCUGGGUGGCACCUCUUCCUUUUAGAAAUCCACGCCAGCGGCUGGCCAACAAUAGAGAGCAGAGUAUGAAACGUCUCCUGUCGCUCCGUCAGACAUUGAAGAGAAAGCCUCUGAUGCAGGAGCAUUUUGUUACGUUCAUGCAAAGGAUUUUUGAUGCAGGUCAUGCAGAAUUAGCUCCACCUGUAAAGGAGAAUGAGGAAGUUUGGUACCUGCCUAUUUUCGGUGUCUAUCACCCUCGCAAGCCGGGACAGAUCAGAGUCGUUUUCGACUCUAGCGCCCAGUAUAAAGGCCUUUCACUGAAUCAAGUGCUUCUCUCGGGACCCGACCUGAAUAAUUCCUUGCUGGGAGUCUUGUUGCGUUUUCGAAAAGAGGCGGUGGCAUUUACUGCUGACAUCGAGCAGAUGUUCCAUAGCUUUGUGGUGAGAGCAGAUCAUCGCAAUUAUCUCCGCUUCCUAUGGUUUGAGGAUAAUGAUCCCUCUAAGGAUGUCAAGGAAUAUAGGAUGAAGGUCCAUGUUUUCGGGAAUAGUCCCUCUCCUGCGGUAGCAAUCUAUGGACUUCAUCGUGCAGCUCAACAUGGUGAACUUGAGUUUGGGAAAGAUGCAAGAGCCUUCGUGGAGCAUGACUUCUACGUGGAUGAUGGCCUAAAAUCAGUGCCUACAGCUGAGGAAGCGGUUGAUCUGUUGAAAAGAACUCAGGAGAUGUUAGCAAGCUCCAACCUGAGGCUUCAUAAGAUAGCAACCAACAGUCCUGCUGUAAUGAAGGCCUUUCCUGCGGAGGAUCAUGUAAAAGACCUCAAGGAUGUGGAUUUGGAAAAGGAUACUCCACCCAUUCAGAGAAGCCUUGGUCUGAGCUGGAAUCUUAAAGACGACACUUUCACUUUCCGCGUUGAUUCAGAAAAGAAGCCUUUCACACGUAGAGGUGUCUUGGCUACAGUCAACAGCGUGUUUGACCCUCUUGGGCUGGCAGCACCUGUUACUAUCCAAGGAAAGUUCCUUCUUCGUGAUCUGACAAUUGACACCAAAGAUUGGGAUGCUCCUCUACCAACAGACAGGGAAGCUGUAUGGGAAGCUUGGAAACACUCUUUGCAGGAGCUAGCACAGUUUGAAAUUCCCAGAGUGUACUCGACGGUUACUCUGUCCUUGGCACAAAGGACAGAAAUUCAUGUUUUUUCGGAUGCUUCCACACAGGCAAUUGCAGCAGUAGCCUACCUGAGAGUUAUAGAUGGAGAUGGCUCAUGUGAUGUAGGGUUUGUCUUAGGCAAGGCUAAGCUUGCCCCGCUGUCUGCUCACACCAUACCUAGACUAGAGCUGGGAGCAGCAGUCCUGGCUGUAGAAGUGGCAGAACUCCUUCAAAACGAGUUGGAUAUCACUGUAAACGCUGUAGAAUUCUACACCGACAGCAAAGUGGUGUUGGGGUAUAUUCAUAACGAAACCAGGCGGUUUUAUGUAUACGUGAGUAACAGAGUUCAGCGGAUCAGGAAAUCAACAAGGCCGGAACAGUGGCAUUAUGUUCCCACAAGUCAAAACCCUGCCGAUCAUGCCACACGUUCAAUAUCUGCUUCAGACUUGAAAGACUCCACAUGGAUUUCUGGGCCUGCUUUUCUUUCUCAUUAUGAAUCAGGAUGCAUUGAAGAUAAUCAGUCAUACAUCCUAAUUAACCCUGAUUCAGAUGUGGAAGUACGUUCUAACCAUACUGAUCUGACAAUCAAUGACUUUCCUGUUCGCCUUGGCUCACAUCGCUUUGAGCGCUUUUCGACUUGGAAAUGUCUCAGGCGAACUAUAUCCAACCUUAUCCACAUCAUACAUUCAUUCAAACUCAAAACUGGAGUAGAGAGUGCCUGUAAAAAAUGGCAUCUUUGCGACAAAACACUCACAGAAGAACUUUCACAUGCAGAAGUUGUGAUUGUACAAUGUGUCCAACGAGAAAGCUACCCUGUUGAGUUUGCUUGUCUCUCUGUAGGGAAGGAUAUCCCAAAAACGAGUGGAUUGAAAACUCUGAACCCCUUCAUUGACCAGGAUGGGCUUCUGAGGAUAGGUGGCAGACUCAAGCAUGCUCUUAUUGAGCAAAGAGAAAAGCAUCCAAUUAUCAUUCCUGGCAAAAGUCACAUAGCCCUUCUGUUAACGAGACACUUUCAUGAACGGGUCAGACACCAAGGACGCCUGUUUACAGAGGGUGCUAUAAGGAAUGCAGGAUUCUGGAUCACUGGGGCAAAGAAGCGCAUCCAGAGUGUGAUUCAUAAAUGCAUCAUCUGUCAGAAACUUAGAGGAAGACCUGUAGAACAAAAGAUGGCAGAUCUUCCUUCUGAUCGGCUUGCCACUGAUCCACCCUUCACUUAUGUCGGCCUUGACGUCUUUGGGCCCUGGAUGGUUGCCUCUCACCGCACACGAGGGGGUCUGGCAAACAGCAAAAGAUGGGUGCUCAUUUUUACCUGUUUGAGCAUUCGAGCAGUGCACUUUGAGUUGAUCGACUCUCUUGAUGCCUCCACCUUUAUCAAUGCCCUCCGACGCUUUUUUGCAAUAAGAGGUCCAGUGAAACAAAUCAGAUCGGACUGUGGCACAAAUUUUAAGGGUGCUUGUAAGGAGCUGGGAACGCUCACAGAGGAGCCUAAACUCAAGAACUACUUGAGUGAGGAAGGAUGUCUUUGGAUCUUUAAUCCUCCUCAUGCAUCCCAUAUGGGGGGAGCUUGGGAGCGACUGAUCGGGGUUGCACGUCGCAUACUAGAUUCCAUGCUGCUUCAGAACAGUCACUCUCAUCUCACUCAUGAUAUGUUAGCUACAUUCUUGGCAGAAGUUUCUGCAAUUAUGAACGCUAGACCUCUUGCGCCUAUCUCAAGUGACCCAAACGCACCCGAACUGUUGACUCCAGCUACCCUUUUGACUCAAAAAGUUGGUGUGCUCUCUCCUCCUCCAGGGGACUUUGAAAAGGAUCUUUGCCGCCAGAAAUGGAAACAAGUUCAACAAUUUGCUGACACAUUCUGGGAAAGGUGGCGACAUGAGUACCUGUUUAAUCUACAGAGUCGUCGCAAAUGGCAUACCAAUCGACCUAAUAUCAAGGAAGGAGAUGUAGUUCUAAUGAGGGAAGCUCAAGUCAAGAGAAAUGACUGGCUGAUAGCUCUUGUGACUAGGGUAUUCCCAGGCAGUGACGAAAAGGUCAGGAAGAUUGAGAUCAAGGUCACUAAGGAUGGGAAUUGUAGGACAUAUCUGAGACCUGUGUCCCAAGUGAUUCUUCUUCUGUCACCAGAAGUACAGAAGGACUAAUAUUCUAAAGGACUGUAAUACUGGUGAUAGUGGUAUUUCUAAAAUACCAGACGGGGAGUGUUCUGACUAUUUAAGUAGUCAUUUAAUUUUGAAUUAAUUUCAUUGGUUAAGAUGCAUCAUGUGAUUUAGGUCAGAGGUCAUGGCAGCCAUCUUAGAUUUCUCCUCACAGCAGCAGUGAUGCAGCAGUAGAUGUCUCCCUGAUAAAAGCUAUAUUUCUGUUAUUUUGUGCCAGAGGCCAUCGUCUUUUCACAAAAUACGAUGUUGUGCAACUGAAGAUUUCAAGUAAAACACUGGAAAAGAUCUCCUUCAGUUUCGACUUUUUCUUCAGCCUUCAUCCUGUUUAGCUAUCUGUCAAGGAGGAAGUAGAUGUUUGGUGUGGAUCACAGUGAGUCUCGGGCUCAUUUGUGUUCUUCUGCUGGUCUUCAUCAUACUGCAGCACAACACCAUCACAGCAGAGGAGAGACCUGAUAAAGAGUUACAAGAACACA